AUGGUAGGACGAAGACAUAGACGUUCAAAUGUUCAACAUGUUAUUAAUUUGCUCAAACGAAUUAUUGCCUUUCUUUUUUCACAUGUUGGAUUAUGUGCUUUGGUGAUUGGCUACGCACUUUUAGGUGCUGUAGUCUUUCGUGCAAUUGAAGGACCCCAUGAGGUAAUUAAAAAAAGAAACUUUCCUCUUUAUUUUUUUAAUCAGCGUUAUAUUCAAAACGAGGUUACAACUGCAAGGAAUAAAGCCGUUCAAGUUGCUUGGGAAGCAACAUUUCGAGUAAAUAAAUUAGAUAAACGUAAAUGGGAGGAUACAGUUUAUGCCCAAACAAAACAAUUUCAACGUCGUUGUAUGUGGUCAAUUCGACGUGGAUAUGAUGGAAAAGAAUUUGGAUUAGCUGCACAAUGGACAUUUACUGGAUCUUUUCUUUAUUCUUUAACAGUAAUAACAACAAUUGGAUACGGAAAUACAUCAGCCAAAACAUAUUUUGGCAAAACAUUAACAAUACUUUUUGCUAUAAUUGGAAUUCCUUUAAUGCUUUUAUUUCUUACAAAUAUUGGGGAUGUUAUGGCUAAAAUAUUUAGAUUUUUAUAUGCUCGUUCAAUUCGGUUAAAAUAUAAUUUAAUUUUAUGGCAUAAACGUAGAAGAGCUGCAAAAAUUCGAAGAGCAAAUUCUUUGGUUGCUAGACUAACUAGAGCUAAUCAACCUUAUAUAAAUCAUCUACGUUUACAACAACAUCAAAGAGAUGAUUGUUCAUUAGAAUCUAUAGGAGGACCACCAACAUCCGGACCUCCAAACGGUAAUGCUGUACAUUUAGCUGCUGUAGAUGUUAAUGAACUUUUGGCUGCUAGAGCACAUUUAGAUCAAUUAGAAAUUAAAGAAAAUGUCGAAGCACAAUUACAACGAAUUUCUGUAAACUUUUUAUUUUUAAACUAUUAUAAUUUUAUUUUUCAAUUCCUUAGUCUUAAAUUUUCCUUUUUUAGUUACCACACCAAAUCUAAAAUUAAUCCUAUAAACUUUUUGAACCCAAAAUAUAUAACCUAA